AAGUUUCUCUCUCUCUUUCUCACAAUAGUACUAUUAUCAUAUAUAGCUAGAGAGAGGCGCACGCACUAAUGUAUAUGUUGUUAUAAUAUUUUUACUAUUUAGGGUCUCUAUCGGUGGCGGGUGGAGGUGGCAGUAGACGGUGGCUUUCCUUGAUCCUUGAUAUCCUCUCCCUUAAACCAAAUAAUCCGCCACCUAUAUUUUUCGCGCCAAAACUUUGCCACCAAUCUAGCUUACUCUGAAAACGAGAGCUUAUAUUCCGAAACUGACUACAAGAAUAAGUUACUUAAUUAGAUAAACCCUUUUGUCUUUUUCUAAUCAAUAAUCCAUUAUUAUUUUUGUUUUUUGUGUCAUUAGGGUUUUUAGUUGAUCCUAUAUUUAAACCUACUUGGUCUCGGUUCUUCCAUUCCUCUGAUCAGCUUUUUCCUUUCUUGGCUUAUCUUUUCUCUCUUCCUCGGGAUCUGAUCACCCGACAAAAAGACAGCCUGAGACUGUAAACAAGACAUAGUUGGGGUGUUUCAAUUUCCGAGGAUAUAAAAGUAGUAGUACCACAUAUGACUAGAGCUGCCUUUUGUUUUGGUCUUGUCUGAUUAACUUGGAGGACAUUUUUCUGGUUUUAGCUUUAUAUAAAUGCAAAGCUAGCUUUUCAAGAGAGAUCGUUUGAUCAGAAAACAUUUGAAUUAAAGACGAGGUGAAUUUUGAGAUAGAGACCCUGAUCGCUCAGUUUGAGUAUAAUUGUUCAAUCAAUUUCAGCUUUCUCGGAAAAAUUUGCUUGUUGGAAAGAAGAUUUUGACUCAGGAAACUCCAGAUCUAUCUUUGGUUAACAAAGAUCGCCAACACUUUCUAGCUAGCUUUAUCUGUCUCAAAGGCUAUAGCUAUCAUGAAUGCAUUUUCACAUGUUCCUCCUGGUUUCCGGUUUCAUCCGACUGAUGAAGAGCUUGUUGAUUACUACCUUCGGAAAAAGAUUACUUCAAGAAGGGUUGACCUUGACGUGAUCAAAGAUGUUGACCUCUAUAAAAUUGAGCCAUGGGAUCUUCAAGAAUUAUGCAAAAUAGGGUCAGAAGAACAAAGCGAGUGGUAUUUUUUUAGCCACAAAGAUAAGAAAUAUCCAACAGGUACUCGAACGAAUAGAGCAACUGUAGCUGGGUUUUGGAAAGCAACCGGAAGAGACAAGGCCAUUUAUUCUAAGCAUGACUUGAUAGGUAUGAGAAAGACCUUAGUCUUUUACGAAGGUCGAGCCCCAAAUGGACAAAAGUCUGACUGGAUUAUGCAUGAAUACCGGCUUGAAACAAAUGAAAAUGGGACUCCACAGGAAGAAGGGUGGGUGGUUUGUAGGGUUUUCAAGAAGAAAAUAGCAACGACAUCCAUGCGUCGAAGUGAGCACGAAUCGCCAUGUUGGUACAAUGACCAGGUCUCCUUCAUGCCGGACUUGGAAUCACCAAAGCACCACUCCAUCUCAAACGUCGUCGUUUCUAAUGGCUUGGCUAAUUACCACAUGCUCCACUAUCCCAAUUGCAAGAAAGAACAAUCUGCACUCGACCAUCAUCAUCAUAAUCAUAAUCAUAAUCAUAAUCACCAUCACUUACCGUACCAACUACUUCCCCACGACCACUUCCUUCCCCUUCUCGAGAACCCAAAAGUGAUUCUUCACCCUGCAACCGCUGCUGCAGCCACAAGCUCCACCGGCUUAGUCCUCAACCAUAAUGCCGCAUCUUUUCAGUCGUCGAUUUCUCUCAGGUCAUCACAGGAAUUAGCAGAUCAUCAUGGCCAACGUCUCCAACAGCCCCAUCAUCAUGAUGAUCACCAAAACUUUCAUGCCAAUAUUGUUUAUGGUAAUAAUAACAACAGCAGCAGUAAUACUACCAAUGAUCAUCAGCAACAGGGCAUGGACGAUCAUGAUGAUCAGUUAACGGAUUGGCGAGUCCUCGACAAGUUUGUAGCUUCACAACUCAGCCAUGAAGAUCAUCCUCAUAAUGAUGAUCGUGUUAUUCCGAAGGGAAAUGUGAUCGUUAGGCAUUGGGAUCAGAAGCAAGAAAUGGUGCCUGAUGAAAAUGCCUCGACAUCGAACUCCGCCAGCUGUCAAAUUGAACUGUGGAAGUAACAUAUAUAUAUAUAUAUACACUACAUAUAUGUGGUAUUAUAUACUAAUUACUUGAUCAUCUAUUUUAUGAAACUAGGGUUUUAUAUUCUAAUUAUAAAAAACAGUCAUGAUGAUUCUACGAAUUUCUGUACAUAAUAAAAAUAGCUAGAACGAUAUAACUUUAACUGCCGAAUACUUCAUUCAGGCUGGCUAUAUAUGCUACUUUAAAUAUAGCUAUACAUUUACUAGUC